GAUUAUGUAUCGUUGGGUUAGUUCGUUCUUCGUACCUGCCAAUUGGUAUUUCGUGUUUCGUUGCGCGUAAGACUCGUGCGAUCCUCGAGCGAGGCACAUCGUAAUGGCCGCGACCUGACUCGGGUGGCAUGCAUGCGAGCUACCGUGUUCGCAUUACGUGAAGUAGACGAACAGCAAAGGAGGUGCGGUAAGAGAAAUACAAAGAACGAGAAGAUACGACGGAGUUUAGGGUUACGCGAUUUCGGUGCGUGUCGUGAGUGCGUGUGGGUGGGCGAGGCGUGAGCUCGCAACGAGUCUCGAGGACGACAAGCCAUGAGCGAAGAUCGAAGCGAAGAGGAUCCUAUAAUGGAUCUUUGGUACAGCAAUUGGGAGCAACAGUGCGUCGAAGCAUUGGAAUCGGAGCCGGAUUACGAAACGCAACUGCACAACGAAAAGGAACUCUAUUCCCAGCAGAUGUGGUCGAGCUUUCAAACGACGGCGUCGGCCAUCGCCCAGCUGUACAAAGAUCGUACGCAGGGUGUCUCUCUAUGGCUACCCUUCCAGACUGCCGCGGGUACCGUCACGUCGUUGUACAAAGAUUCAAUGGAUAACAUACGUCGAUGCAGUGACUUAAGCGUGGAAAUGGGUAGACAAAAGCGUAGUAAAGAAAUAAUGAACUGGGCUAGGAAAAAAAGGCGUAUGAUUCGAAGGGAAGAUCUUUUAGCGUAUCUUGCUGGAAAACCACCACCACCUCGACCACAUUCGCAUAGGAGUUCCCCUAAACCAAGGAUGAUGGUAUGUGGUUCACCUCCAUCUGAAAGUUCCACACCAAAUAUGGUUGUUGCACCAACACCAUUAUCUACCACUGAUCCUGAUCCUGAAUUACACACAUUUAGAGAAGCGAUUGCAUUGUCCGGUUCACCGAUGUCCCGGCGUACUGGAAGACAAGCCGAAUUGUCGGCUUUUAUUACUAGCGAAUUUGCUCGACAUCACAAACGGCCUGCUUCGCAUGACGUGGAUAUGGGAUCUCCCACGCACAAACGUUCGCGUUUCAUGUAACGGCGCGCGAUGUGUAAAGUAGCCUUACUCCCUUGCUCCCCAUUAAUUAAUCGAUUGAUAAAUUAAUUAUUAACGGUUCAACUCCCCUAUAUAAUUCUCGGUUAAACAUAAUCACUUCAGAAAGAAGGCAGUCGUUUGCAUUGCCAUAGAAAACACGUUCGUAUAUUUCGAAUAUUUUAUACUGUCCGUCAAGUUUUCCUGUUAUUAUUUUUCAAGUUUCACAGUAGUGCUGAUUCUGACACGUAAAAUAAUAAGAGGAUUACGAAAAAUACUUGUGCUAUUGAAAUUACUGUAUCAUUAUUCGAAUGAAGAAAAAAAAAAAGAAAAAAAGUUACAACUUGAUGAUAUUUAAAGUUACGAUGUAUAACAGUCUAUUAUGUGUACUAGGAUUUAUUUUAAAAUUAUUUAUUUAUUUAUGAGCAUUGAGAUAAUACAAACGUGUUUCAAGAUACCAUUCAAAGUGCCCAUACAGAGUGAAUGUCAUUGUUUUAUGUGCAGAAAUGUGUACGUGAUUAUCAGUUAACUGAUCUACAAACCAAGAGUAUGAACCUUGCCAAAUAUACUAUGAAAUAUUAAAAGCUGCAACUAACGUGCUUUACACAUAAUUGAUGUGUAUGUUAAAAAUUAGCAGCUAAAUACUUCGUGAUAUUAUCCAGUCACUUUAUAGUGUACUGUACUAUAUUCAAGUGAGAUGUUUGACAAGUGAUGAAUUGGUGAUUUAAUAUUUUAUAAUUAUAUUUACUGUCUACGAUUGUAAUUUUGUGACAGAAAGGGGACGGGGAGAGGAUGACUGUAGAAUAUUCUUUCAGAAUCCAAAGGAUCGCUUAGCCCUCUAAUUACAAUAUUGUUACGAUUAUUAAGUGAUCAUAGAUAAUACAAUUUGGACACUUUUAAUCAAUAAAAAGAUCAUUUUAUACAGCUUUUGUUGGUAAUAAACGGGUCAUGAAAGAUUAGAGGAACGAAUAAUAAGAACACACAAGUAAAAGCAAGGCAAAGAUAUAUCGAUAAAUUGUUUCGUUUCUGUAACUCUAUACAUUCUAUUGACUAAUUGUGAACAAGGGAUCUAUAUAUUUUCUGUUGUAUGAGCUCUGUGUAUAGAGUAAUCAUAAAAUUGUCUUUUGGAUAAUAUAUUUAAUUGUUUCUGCAA